GGUGGAGUGGUAUCAUUGUGUUAGCACAAGUCGACUCAAUCUUAUGUUGUGUCCUUUCAAAACUUGAAUUGGAGGCGUGUGCUGUCCCCGCAGCGCAGUGAGGAAGGGAGGGCAAUCGGCUCGGGACUCUUAAUAAGACCCAAUGGCUGCUGCAAGGUGGUCGUUCAGGAGCGCCGCGUCAAGACGCAAGUGGACGUUGGACGAAUAAGAGGAGGAUGACAGCUUGGAUUUUAACGGGUGAUUUUGGGGCGCAACUUGCGGCCGCGCGUCGUGGCAGGUAGAAGACGAUGACUUGAAUUGUACAGAAUAAAGUCUCCCCAAUGACGAAGCCGCCCGGCCGGGUGCUCUUCCUGCUCGCCCUGUGGACCUGCCUGUGCCUAGCUGAUGGAUGCGGGCCGGGCCCCGGCUACGGCGUCCGGUCCAGGCCCAGGAAGCUGACGCCCAUGCACUACAAGCAGUUUUCCCCCAACUUCUCCGAGAACAACCUGGGGGCCAGCGGGAGGGCAGAGGGCAAGAUCACCAGGAACUCUGAGCGCUUCAAUCAGCUGGUGUGCAACUACAACCCGGAUGUUGUGUUCAAAGAUGAGGAGAACACAAACGCUGACCGCUUCAUGAGUAAGCGCUGUAAGGAGUGUUUGAACAGGCUGGCCAUAGCAGUGAUGAACCAGUGGCCCGGCGUGCACCUCCGGGUGACAGAGGCCUGGGAUGAGGAUGGUCACCACCCUGCCGGAUCUCUGCACUAUGAAGGUCGAGCUGUAGACAUCACAACGGACGACAGAGACACAGACAAAUAUGGUCUGCUUGCUCAGCUGGCUGUGGAGGCGGGCUUUGACUGGGUCCACUAUGAGUCCAAAUAUCACAUCCACUGCUCUGUAAAAGCUGACCACUCAGUUGCGGUGGAAAAAGGAGGCUGUUUCCCCGGCUGGGCCAGGGUGAAUGUUGCUGGAGGAGGGCAGAAGAGCAUGUCAUCACUAAAUCUUGGAGACAAAGUGAUGGCCUUAUCUUCAACAGGCCAAAUAGUAUUUAGUUCAAUCUUGUUCUUUCUGCACCGAGACCUGGAAGCCCAGGUCACCAUUCUGUCUCUGGAGACAGAAGACGGCUAUCGAUUGGCUGUCACGCCAAACCACCUAGUUUUCUUAGAUCAAGACUGUUCAAUGGACAACAGUAAGUACCAAGCACGAUUUGCCAGCAGAGCCAGAGCCUACUACUGCGUUUUGAUCCACCGAUCAGACGGUCAGAUACGUCCGUCUCGAAUCACUUCCCUUUUAGUACAAGAGACUAUGGGAGUGUACGCACCUUUGACACAAGAUGGAACUUUGUUUGUGGACGGGGUGCUCGUGUCCAGCUACGCGCUAGUGGAAGGGCACACACUGGCACAUUGGGCGUUUGGGCCUCUGCGACUCAUCUUCUCAUUCAAGCAAUUCCUUUGGGGAGAAGGCACAAUGCAGGAGCAUACAACUUGCACUAACACAACUUCUAUUCAUUGUAACAAAUGUUUCGAUGUAAGUGUAAGUUCUCUGAUCAGACAUCAGGAAGUGGAGGAAGCUCGGAUAAUAGAAAUGAAAGAGAAACUGCAUCAUCAAACAUCGAAUGUGCACUGGUAUGCUCGAGUAUUGUACAGUUUGGGAUCUAUCAUUUUAGACUCCAGCUCUUUCCAUUCUUAGAAGUGUAGUUUUAUUUUGACAGCAAAAGCACUAACACAGGUUUUCUUGAAUAUAAACAUCAGAUGAACAUUUUUAUGUGUAUCUUUUCUCAACAGAUUCUAUAUUUUCAUACUGUUUGAAAUGUGUUUCAUGUUUUCAUAAUCACACCAAAUGUAUUGUAUGCCCUCACCUUUUAUCACCAAACAUUAAAAUGUAACUUAACGAGACAAUUGUUUCAUAUUGUUGUUAUUAAACAGGCAAUU